UCAGCAGUGGUUACUAGACAGGCAAGAUUUAGCAAGGGAACGCCAAGCUGACCUCAAAAUAAUGAAUGAAGAAGACUAUGAAAAGUGCAUGAUAUUCUUUGCUAAUUUUAUACAGGCACUUGGGGAGCAGCUGAAAGUAAGACAACAGGUUAUAGCUACAGCAACCGUGUAUUUCAAAAGAUUUUAUGCAAGAAAUUCAUUAAAAUGUAUAGAUCCCUGGCUAAUGGCACCAACCUGUAUAUUUUUAGCAUCAAAAGUUGAGGAAUUCGGUGUUAUAUCCAACAGUAGAUUGAUAACUACAUGCCAGACUGUAGUAAAGAACAAAUUCUCACAUGCCUACCCCCAGGAAUAUCCAUACAGAAUAAACAAUGUGCUGGAAUGUGAAUUUUACCUGUUAGAAAUGAUGGACUGUUGUUUGGUAGUAUAUCACCCUUACAGACCUCUAGUGCAAUAUGUGUCUGACAUCAGCUCAACAGAUGAUAGUAUCCUUCCUCUAGCCUGGAGAAUAGUGAAUGACUCCCUUCGUACUGAUGUGUCCUUACUGUAUCCCCCAUAUCUUAUUGCUUUAUCUGCUUUACAUAUAGCCUGUGUCAUACAACAGAAAGAUUUAAAACAGUGGUUUGCAGAACUAUCAGUAGAUAUGGACAAGAUUUUAGAAAUAACCCGCCAGAUUCUACACCUGUAUGAUCUAUGGAAGAACUACGAUGAGAAAAAGGAGAUAGCAGCUGUGUUACAGAACAUGCCUAAACCAAAGACUAGUCCUACACCACCUCCCCAAAAUCCUGGACAGGAAGGACAGAGUCAGCAACCAACCCAGUGAUACCCUUUAUGUAGUGACAAUGUAUAGUGACAUUGCACAAUGACAUUGUACAGUAACUUUAUAAAAUGAAGGUAAAACCAUUAGGACGAGUCAGCUACAGGCACCAGAGCAUUGUGCAUGUUGAACAGUUAUUUUAUAACAUUCAGUAUAGAGCAGAUCAGGCGACAGAAAUUAGGUCACCGUAUUAACUAAAUAGAAUUCUGUCACAAGAGGAGGCUGUCCAGCUGGGAUGUGGAAGAUUUCUGGGGCAAGACCUAUGCAGGCCCAUGCCUGAAAUAAUGUAUGAAGGUGUUUCUCCGUGAUUACUAAAGCUUGAAAGUCACCAUAUGAGCUUGUGUUAUACAUAUUUGGUGGUGCAACUUUACUCCAAACAAAAGAAGUAACAAUUCAGUAACAAAAACAAUAAGAUUUUGCUUACUGAUGCUUUCGAUGACAUUUCUUCAGAGGGCAGUGACAAAUGUUUUGUUAAAUGGCUUUGUAUAACUGAGCUUAAUAAGUAAACAAAAAUAUCAGCAGUUGACACAAAGACUGUGCAUUUAAGAUAUAUAGUGAUAUUUAUUUGUAAAUCAUGUCUCCAGGUAUAAACAUAAGAAAGCUUUGUUUUGUGUUUUUGUACGAUGAUAUUUAUUAUUAUUAUUAUCAUUAUUUAAAAAGUCUGACCUUAGCAAAUGCAUUGACUUGUAUUUCAUGAUAUAUGAAAUUAUUCGAUUACCUGGAAUUAAAAGAAGCAUUUAACAGAGUAAUAGUUUGAGUAGCCUUAUUGUAAUGUUAUACAUGUAUGUCAAUAAUUACAAUAUCUAUUAAUUCAAGUAGUUUGAUUGGUUUGACGUUGAUGAACCCCUUUCAUCAUUUUUAGCCCACCAUCAUCAGAUGGUGGGCUAUUCAAAUCACUCUGCGUCUGUGGUCCAUCCGUCUGUCCGUUAACAAUUUCUCGUUAUCGCAUCUCCUCAGAAACUACUGGGGGAAUUUUGACCAAACUUUGUCAGAAUGAUGUAUUGGUACCCUAGUUGUGUCCCCCUGAAAAUCAGACUGGUUCAACAAUUUUUUAAUGUGAUUAUGAGUUGUGGCCCUUUGUUUAUUUUGAUUUCUAAUAUAAUUUUAUAUCCAAUGGCCCUCCAAGUAGUUAACUGGUUUUUUAUGGCCUUACCUGUAAAAGGGUCAUAAAGUCUGCAGACACUAAUGAGAUAAUGAUUCAAGUUGUUCAUUAUUUUCCUAUUACACCUUAGCAGUGGAUGGACUACCCUAGCAGAUUGAUAAUUAAUUUGUUUAGUACCCAAACUUCUGGGUUUAAUUAUUAGUUUUAAUCUAAGUAAUUAUAUGUGCAUUCUUUGUUUCCAUAAUAAGAAAAAAAUAAUCAUUGAAUAUAACUCAUUAAUGUUGCCAUCUCUCUUGUUUAGGGUAUAGGUUUAAUUAUUAGUUAUAAUAAAAGGAUUUUGAGCUAGUCUUGAAAUUUGGAACAUUCAAAAAUGACUCAGUGGUGGACGCCAAGAUCACUCUGUGAUCUCUUGUUGUAUGUUUGCACAUAUUUUAGCGAUAACUUUUUUAUUUUUGAAUGAAACCUGUAAGGUGACUGCUAAUUUCCUUAGUUAGAUCAUUCAUGAUUUUGAUUUAAAAUUUGAUAAAAGUUGUUCUGACAGUUUUUGAUGAGGAGAGCAGAAUCAAUAAAAAAUGAAAAAUUGGCAUAGUAACAUGCUUACUUGGAAUUGAAAGCAAACAGCAUGGAUCCUGACCAGACUGCGCAGAUCCAUGGUGGCUUUGCAGCCACUUUGUUGGUUUUCUCAUGGCACGGCUCACAUGAAACACAUACUUAUUUUACAUAUUGUAGCAGAUCUCAAAGAUUCAACCCAGAACUAGCCGGCCUCUCUGGUGUUUUUAGGAAUUUUCGACACAGGGGGUUUCACAAAUUGGCCAUAAUUAAUAUAUAACUUACAUGUAUGGAAAGGGGAUUCAAUUCCUCAUCAAUCUAUGUUAAAAUUAUCAAAUAAUAUCCAAAAUUACGAAUUUUCUGAUGAUUUAAACCUCUGUAUGUACUGUACACGAUCAACAUUUACCGUGGCGUGUGUUUACACGCCAUAUAAACACAUAACUUUACAUGACUGUGUACUGUGAUUUAACUAAAAUAACUUCCAUUAUUUCGGUCCUUCAAAUUUUUGACGUUUAGAUUGGCCGUCACAAAUAUAAAACAAUCUGAACAUCAAAUUACUUUGACUAGAGCCGCCUAUGCCUGAUAAAUAAAAAAAUAAAGCCAAUUUCAUCAAAGACGAUGUUAAAAAAUGAUGUUUACCUGCUCCAAGUUUCGUGUUUAUAACAAAGCAUGGCAUCCCCUUGUUUUUUAUAUGGUGGGUCUUCCCAUAUGGCA